AUGACUGAAAAGAUCUCCAAUUCAUUUUUAUGUUGGUAUUGUGAAAAAAAUUUAACGGACAACCGUUAUGUAAUUCGAGAUGGUUUUGCUGUUUGUUUGUCAUGUUUUGAAGAAAAAUAUUCGAAUUAUUGUUUUAAAUGUAAAGAAAUAAUUGGUAUUGAAACACAAGGAUGUAUAUUUCAAGAUAUAACAUGGCAUAAUACUUGUUUUAAUUGUUCGGUUUGUAAUAAAUCUUUAAUAAAUGAUAAAUUUGCAUAUCGAAAUGAAAAAUUAUACUGUCGUAAUUGUUUUAUUAUUGAAUACGCUGAGCGAUGUUAUCGAUGUAAUCAAACAUUAGAACCGGGUGAGAAAUGUACAGAAUAUGAUAAAAAAUUCUACCAUCAAUCUUGCUUUGUAUGUAAUGGAUGUCAACAAUCAUUAUCAAAUGUAGAUUUUCGUUGCCGUGAUCAAUAUUUCCUUUGUAUUUCAUGUUACAUGCAUCUCGUUGCUAUUUAUUGUAUUAAAUGUCACAAAGCAAUUGUCAGUGAUGGUGUACUCUAUCGCAAUCAUCCAUUUCAUAAUGAAUGUUUCUUAUGUACACAUUGUUCAACUUCAUUACGGAAUCAACGUUUUGCUGAACACAAAGGUGAUGCUUACUGUUCAGUUUGUUUUGCAAGUUUAUUUUCUAAUCAAAUGAAUACAACUUAA